CUGAUACAGAUUAACUACACUUUCAAUACCAUCUUCACAUCCAGCAGCUCCAUAUAAGAUUGAUCCUUCAGCAGCUCAUCAACCUGCAUCGUAGUAUUGACAGCUAAAUUUAGAAGUGCAGGUCAACUUGCCAGCUUGCAGUGUCAACUUUCAUUUCCAGGGGCUGCAUGUUCUAUUUUGAGUCCAGGGAGGGAGCCAGUUAAAGUGCAGUCGGCUGGUUACAUUUGAGGACUUUAGCUUAGCCCAUUUUCUGUCAAUGAAUAUUUUUUUGCCUCUGAGUUGUUGAGCUGUUGUGAAAGUCAACGGACACCUAAAGUUUGUGACAUGGCUCCAAAGAAGGGAAAGGGUGAAGAUGCACCAAAGCCACCGCCACUGAUCGGAAGGUUUGGCACCUCACUGAAAAUAGGAAUUGUUGGCCUUCCUAAUGUAGGGAAGUCAACCUUUUUCAAUGUGCUGACAAAGAGUCAGGCUGCAGCUGAAAAUUUCCCCUUCUGCACCAUUGACCCAAAUGAAAGCAGAGUGCCCAUUCCAGAUGAACGCUAUGAUUUCCUCUGCCAAUUCCACAAACCCGCCAGCAAAAUCCCAGCAUUCCUUAAUGUUGUAGACAUUGCUGGUCUGGUGAAAGGUGCUCACGCUGGUCAAGGCCUGGGAAAUGCCUUCCUGUCUCAUAUCAGUGCCUGUGAUGGCAUCUUCCACAUGACACGUGCAUUUGAGGAUGAGGAUAUCAUUCAUGUUGAGGGGACAGUGGACCCGGUGAGGGAUAUGGAGAUCAUCCAUGAGGAGCUGAGGAUGAAGGAUGAGGAGAUGAUCAGCCCUAUUAUUGACAAGCUGGAGAAGACGGCCAUUAGAGGCGGUGACAAGAAACUCAAACCAGAAUACGACAUUAUGUGCAAAAUCAAGAGCUGGGUGGUGGAUGAAAAGAAACAUGUCCGUUACUAUCACGACUGGAACGAUAAGGAGAUCGAAGUGUUGAACAAAUACUUGUUUUUGACAUCUAAACCAAUGAUUUACCUCGUUAACCUCUCGGAGAAGGACUACAUCAGGAGAAAGAACAAAUGGUUGAUGAAAAUCAAGGAGUGGGUGGACAGUCACGACCCCGGGGCCCUGGUCAUCCCCUUCAGCGGCGGUCUGGAGGGCCAGCUACAGGACAAGAGUGAAGAGGAGAGGGAGAAGUACUGCACAGAGCACAAGACGCAGAGCGCCCUAAGCAAGAUCAUCAAGACAGGCUACGCAGCUCUGCAGCUGGAGUACUUCUUCACUGCUGGACCAGAUGAGGUCCGUGCAUGGACCAUUCGGAAAGGAACUAAGGCUCCACAGGCUGCAGGGAAGAUCCACACAGACUUUGAGAAGGGCUUCAUUAUGGCGGAAGUAAUGAAAUUCCAGGAUUUUAAAGAGGAAGGCAGUGAGAGCGCUGUCAAGGCAGCAGGAAAAUACAGACAACAGGGAAGAAACUACAUCGUUGAGGAUGGAGACAUCAUAUUUUUCAAAUUUAACGCACCAAAUGCACCAAAGAAAAAGUGACUCAAGAACAGUCUAAUUGUUCACACAAAUGUCCGUAACCAUUUUUUCUUUUCUUUCUUUUCUUUUUUCCCUCCAUCUGAUACCUUUUUCCACAUUCUCACUUUUUGUUUUCCUGCAGGAUAAAAUCUCCCCUCUGUGCCAAGGCUCAGGUUCAGUAAACUCUGACAGCUUUGCUAUUUAAGAUCAGGAUCAGCCCCCCACUCCAAAUUGUAGCAGCAUUUGAAGAAGCAUAUUACUCUCCAGAUACUUCAUUAAUCUCCAUCACGGGUGCCAGCACUGACACAGCUGACAGCGGGGACAAUGCCACCUGCUCCUCUCCCCCUUCUGCAGAUAAUGCAUGUUUUACAGUAGCCCAGAUGUCUACACUCAAUAAAA